AUGUCUUCCGAGACGGUUGUCCUCAAAGUAAAAAUGUCAUGCAGCGGCUGUUCAGGAGCGGUCAAUAGAGUUUUGGAAAAAAUGGAAGGUGUAGAAUCAUUUGACAUAGAUAUGAAGGAACAAAAGGUGACUGUGAAAGGAAAUGUAAAGCCACAAGAUGUUUUUGAUACUGUUUCCAAAACUGGAAAGAAAACUGAGUUCUGGGAGGAACCUGAAAACAAGUCUACAGAAACUGCAACUGAGGCUGAAUCUGAUAACAAACCUUCCGAUUCAGAAGAUGCAGCCAUUGUAACUGAGGCUGAACCUAAAAACAAAUCUACAGAAACUGCAACCAUUGGAGUUGUUGAGCCGGACAACAAGCCUUCUGAAACUGCCACUGUUGCUGCCUAA